AUGAAUCCGGAGUUGACGACAGACAAUGACGUGUCAAUCAGACCAGAGAAAAAUGAGACGUUGCCAUCCGGACCAACCGAGCUGGAUGUGAUUGAGAUCGCGGACGGUGACACCUCGGACCACGGCACAUCGCCAUCGCCGUCUGCGUCAGAGGUGGAGGAUGAGACGCUGCUGAAUCAACCUGCUGUCAGCAUGGUGUCGACGAUGAAAGAGCCUUUGGAAGCGCCUUCUUCACCACAAACGAAGGUAUUGUUUCUCGAUGGUGUCCGCGGUCUUGCAGCCAUGCUCGUGUAUCUCCAGCACUCGCACGACUUUAAGGAGGGUCUUUCACCCGGAGCAAUCGGUGUCGACAUCUUUUUUGUUCUUUCCGCGUUUCUCCUGACGUGGCUUUUCAUGAAGAAAAGCAUGAAGUUGCUUGCUCAAGGUGCAAACCGCCGCACUUGGAGUUAUGUGCUUGUUGACUACUUUCAAAAACGAUUUCUCCGGGUGUACCCCCUUUUCUUCGUGACAGUGAUCAUCCUGGCCCUCAUGACGCGCGAAGAACAAGAGCGUUAUUUCACGUUCGGCCGUCCACCCCUUGACAUACCCAGAACGCUCAUUUUCGAGGUUGCCUAUCGCUACCACGUGUUCUGGUCACUACCUCUCGAAAUCGCGUACUAUUUCGUGAUCCCCGUCUUCGUCUUGGCAGUGCUCGGUACGCGUAGGUUGUGGUGGGUAGGCGCGCUGCCACUGGCUGUGUGGGUUGUCUAUGAAGGUUUCUACACAACUAGAUCCAACCAUUUGCCCAUGAGACCUCAUGUUUCGACGUUCCUGACGGGUUCGCUGGCGGCCGUGGUUUUUGUGAAAGUGGACUUGUGGAUGAAGAAGAGGGAGUUUAUGUUUCGUUGGUGGCACGCAAUCGUUGUCCGAGCUGUUGAAUGGUUGACGAUCGGGGUCCUGCUCAGUGUAUCGUUUCGUGGUUUGCUCUUCACCUGGGUUCAUCCGAAUCCAGCGCCUCGGAUAGUCGGAGAUCCGUACAUAAGCUCACUCAUGUCGACCAUUGUCGUGAUCGAAAUGAUUCACCCUUCGUGGGUGUCCACGAUGUUUGAGUGGAACGUGCUGUGCUACUGUGGCAAGAUCAGUUUCUCCAUCUACCUCAUGCAUGCCUUCGUGGUUGAGAAUACUAGAGAGGACAACCUGCCAUAUAUAUUACUACGACCGGCUGUUUUCUCGACUGUUUCUCAUCCCGAUACUUGCAACGGCAACGUAUUACCUUGUCGAGUACCCGUCGCUGAUGCUUGCGCAGCGCAUUUCAAGGCACUUGGCAGAUCAAGAGAAGAAAGCUAA